GGCCGCGUGUGAAACUUCAGUUUUUCUUGAAAAAUCGAACAAGGAGGAACAACGUAUCGUGAAAUCAUAUUCAAGUGUUCCAUUCAAGUGCUUGUAUCGUGGCAGUGAAUUAUAUUCGUUCGGAUUAAAACAAUAUUAAUCAUCAGUCGUUUCUGAAAACUGUAAUAUUGCAUGCUCAAAAUGCGGUGGAGUAUUCUUGCGUUGGCCUGCGUGGUCGUGGCGGUUUGCGCCGACGACAAGAAGGAUAAGGAGAAGGACAUUGGCACCGUCAUCGGUAUCGACUUGGGAACCACAUACUCCUGUGUGGGUGUGUACAAGAACGGCCGUGUGGAGAUCAUUGCUAACGACCAGGGUAACCGUAUCACCCCCUCAUAUGUAGCCUUCACAGCCGACGGCGAGCGUCUCAUUGGUGACGCCGCCAAGAAUCAGCUCACCACCAACCCAGAAAACACGGUGUUCGACGCCAAGCGUCUCAUUGGUCGUGAAUGGGGAGAUGCUACAGUCCAACAUGACGUCAAAUUCUUCCCCUUCAAGGUUGUUGAGAAGAACAGCAAACCCCAUGUUUCCGUCAUGACCUCUCAAGGCGACAAGAUCUUCGCCCCUGAAGAAAUCUCCGCUAUGGUCCUCAUCAAGAUGAAGGAAACUGCUGAGGCUUAUCUCGGUAAGAAGGUGACCCACGCCGUCGUCACAGUCCCGGCUUACUUCAACGACGCUCAGCGUCAAGCCACCAAGGACGCCGGUGCCAUUGCUGGUCUCCAGGUCAUGAGAAUCAUCAACGAGCCCACCGCCGCCGCCAUCGCUUACGGUCUUGACAAGAAGGAAGGCGAGAAGAACGUGUUGGUAUUCGAUUUGGGUGGUGGUACCUUUGACGUGUCUCUGCUCACCAUCGACAACGGAGUAUUCGAAGUAGUAGCUACCAAUGGUGACACUCACUUGGGUGGUGAGGACUUCGAUCAGAGAGUCAUGGAGCACUUCAUCAAGCUGUACAAGAAGAAGAAGGGCAAGGACAUCAGGAAAGACAACCGUGCCGUGCAGAAACUGCGUCGUGAAGUCGAGAAGGCUAAGAGGGCUCUGUCUUCCAGCCACCAGGUCAAGAUCGAAAUUGAAUCGUUCUUCGAAGGUGAAGAUUUCUCCGAAACUCUUACUAGGGCUAAGUUCGAAGAAUUGAACAUGGAUCUGUUCAGAUCUACACUCAAGCCUGUACAGAAGGUGUUGGAAGACGCCGACAUGAACAAGAAGGACGUCGACGAGAUCGUACUUGUCGGAGGUUCCACCCGUAUCCCCAAGGUUCAGCAGCUCGUCAAGGAAUUCUUCAAUGGCAAGGAGCCUUCCCGAGGUAUCAACCCCGACGAAGCUGUCGCUUACGGUGCUGCCGUCCAGGCUGGAGUGCUCAGCGGUGAACAAGACACUGACGCUAUUGUGCUAUUGGACGUCAACCCUCUGACCAUGGGUAUCGAGACCGUCGGUGGAGUCAUGACCAAGCUUAUCCCCCGUAACACUGUUAUCCCCACCAAGAAGUCCCAGAUCUUCUCCACCGCCAGCGACAACCAGCACACCGUCACCAUCCAGGUGUACGAGGGUGAGCGUCCAAUGACCAAGGACAACCACUUGCUCGGAAAGUUCGAUCUGACUGGCAUUCCUCCCGCACCUCGUGGUAUUCCUCAGAUUGAAGUAACCUUCGAAAUCGACGCCAAUGGUAUCUUACAAGUAUCUGCCGAGGACAAGGGAACCGGAAACCGCGAAAAGAUCGUUAUCACCAAUGACCAGAACAGACUAACACCUGAGGACAUUGAGAGGAUGAUCAAGGAUGCCGAGAGGUUCGCCGAUGAGGACAAGAGGCUCAAGGAGCGCGUUGAGGCCAGAAACGAGCUAGAAAGCUAUGCUUACUCCAUCAAGAACCAGCUCCAGGAUAAGGAGAAACUUGGUGCUAAGUUGAGUGAUGACGAGAAGACAAAGAUGGAGGAGGCGAUCGAUGCCGCCAUCAAGUGGCUCGAGGACAACCAAGACGUCGACUCAGAAGAAUACAAGAAACAGAAGAAGUCCCUUGAGGACGUAGUCCAGCCCAUCAUCGCCAAGUUGUACCAAGGACAAGGUGGCGUGCCCCCGCCCGGCGCGGGAGGUGACGAGGAAGACUUCAAAGACGAGUUGUAACCAAACAGACUUUAAAACGUGUGAUCAUAGCCAAAUGUGAUCUCCGAUCGCUGCCGACUGUACACCGUGACCUGUGACGUCACGCGGCAUAGCCCGCAGCGAGACACGGAUGCGGAGUGUUUUAGCUCGUGUUGUGUAUAUUUAUUGUAUGAUUGUUUGCGCGUGUGUAUAGCGUGAGUGCGGCGCGUGCGGCGGCCGGGCUGCCGGCGCAUCCCGAGAUCUGAUCGAGUUUCUACCGCUGCGCGCGCACGUCUGAAUGGUGCGUGAAGUUAAUUGUAAAAAUUGAUGCAUUUUUAUUUUUAGUGAAAGCAAUAGUUUCGCGUAUGUUGCGAGAGGCCUGAUUCCAUGACUUUCCAAUAUCAAUUCAUGUUUGUCAUCAAUUGAUGAAUCGAUUAGUCUCGUCCAUCUGAAGAGGCUACCUCAGUGUUCGUAAUUAAUUAAGCAGCGGCCGGCCCGCAAACAUCCUAUUGUACCUAACCGCUGCUUGAAAGAUUAACUGUAUGUAUGUAAUUAUUUUGAGACUGCAGAAUUGUUAGUUCAUAAUUAGCAGAAUAAUUAAAUAAUUAUGUAGUAAUUAAAUAAUUUCAAUUGAAGUACGGAGGAGUACAUAAAUAAAACAUUUUUCUAACGA